AUAAUAAUUUUUCCACUGUAGUAUCAUAUGUUUUUAUUUUUCAAUAUAAUACCACAAGAGCUUGAAAGGGUCGAUCUUUUUCCUCUUUUGGCACCGAAAAAUGGUGCCAUUAUCCUCUCAAGCUCUGCUUCUCAUAUUGUCUAUCUCGUUGUUCUUGAGCUUUGUUUCUUCUGCUGAGUCGGAUGAUGGGCUUGCUUUGUUGGAGAUUAAGAAGUCAAUUAGGGACGUUGACAAUAUAUUGUAUGACUGGACCGACUCACCUUCUUCAGACUACUGUUCUUGGAGAGGUGUUACUUGUGACAAUUUCACCUUCAAUGUUGCAGCACUGAAUCUAUCAGGUCUGAAUAUGGAUGGUGAGUUGUCUCCAGCAAUAGGGAAGCUGAAAAGCCUAGUGUCCAUUGAUCUGAAGCAGAACAGACUUUCAGGACAGAUUCCUGAUGAAAUUGGUGAUUGUUCGUCUCUGAUAAGCUUGGACCUGUCAUUCAAUGAGCUGUAUGGAGACAUUCCAUUCUCUAUUUCAAAGCUAAAGCAACUUGAGUAUUUGAUUCUGAAAAACAAUCACUUGAUUGGCCCGAUUCCUUCAACAUUGUCUCAGAUUCCAAACUUAAAAGUUUUGGACCUUGCACAAAACAAGUUGAGUGGAGAAAUACCGAGGCUUAUCUAUUGGAAUGAAGUUCUUCAAUAUUUGGGACUGCGAGGGAACAACUUGGUGGGUACCCUUUCAUCCGAUAUAUGCCAACUAACUGGGCUGUGGUACUUUGAUGUUCGAAACAACAGUUUGACUGGAUCAAUUCCUCAAGAGAUUGGAAAUUGCACUGCUUUCCAGGUCCUUGAUCUGUCCUAUAACAAGUUGACUGGUGAGAUACCAUUCAAUAUCGGAUUCCUGCAAGUAGCCACCUUGUCCUUGCAGGGCAAUAAACUUUCAGGGAAAAUUCCAUCUGUGAUUGGGUUGAUGCAGGCUCUUGCUGUUUUGGAUCUAAGUUGCAACAUGCUAACUGGAUCAAUUCCUCCCAUUUUUGGAAACCUAAGCUACACAGAGAAAUUUCCCUUUCCACAAAAAAAAAGGAAAACAAAUCUCUUCACUUAAAUCGGACAAAGGAAAAAAACAGUGGGUUUUUUGCUUCGAUCCGCGUCCAUCCUUCUCUGUUUAGCCGCUGUUCUCCGGCAAAAAGGAAAAGGGGCAGGGACGAGUGGCAGAGCCGGAGUCGCACCAAUUACUUCGUACGGUUGGAGAUCUCCGUCGAAGAAAGAGAAGCUCCAACGUCUAGGGGCUGUACCUGAUUGCCGCUGCCAAAAGCUCUUAAAUUCUUCCUCCGUGGAGUUGGUAAGUCGAAUCUAGGCAUUAGAUUCGCCCAGGUACACAACUCUUUAUCCCUUUGCUUUCGUAGCAUUUUUUAGGGUUGUUUUAAUUCCGCUGCAUUAUUUUCGAUUGCCUAAUUCCACUAUAGUUUGUGCUCGUGUGAAAGAACAAACGAGAUUGAGUAAGCAAUUUUGCUAACAUAAUAAUCUUGGGUUGUUCGUGCGAUUGCUUCACACACGUGAGCCAAAUUUGGAAAAUUUAGGCCAGAUUCUACGUGCCUCUGUGUUGCUAAUUUUUUCAGUUUUUAUUCUCUUUUGUGAGUUUUUUUUCUCCUUUGUGGUGAUUUUCUGAUUAUUUUUUCCUCCUGUGUGGAUAUGUUUACUAUAAAUCAGUAUGCUUUGACUCCUUUUAAUGGAAAAACUGAUUUUAGUAUUUGGAAACAAAAAUUGAAGUGUGUUCUUGUUCAUCAAAAAGUUUAUAGGGCUGUUAGUGAUUCAUAUCUAGAAACAGACGCUAAAGAGAAAAGAGUUGAAAUGAAUGAAAUUGCUUGUUCCAUAAUUUACUUAAACUUAACUGACUGUGUGAUCAGAAAAGUUGGUAUUUUGGAAUGUGCUAAAGAUCUUUGGAAUAAACUUGAUGAACUUUAUACUGAAACCUCUUUGCCAAAUAAGAUUUUCUUGCUCGAAAUUUUUUUUAAGUUUAGAUUGGAUAUGUCUAAAGACAUAGAAGAAAAUCUAGAUGUUUUCACCAAAUUGAUUUCUGAUAUUAAAUUAACCGGUGAUAAACAUAUUGAUGACUACACCUCUAUUGCUCUUUUGAAUGCUAUUCCUGAUUCCUACAGUGAUGUCAAAUCUGCAAUUAAAUAUGGUAGGGAUAAUAUUUCUCUUGAUGUUGUUGUGAAUGGUCUCAAGAGUAAGGAAUUAGAGUUGAAAAAUUCUAAGAGUAAUAAAAAUUCUGGGGAGGUUAUGCAUGUGAGGGGUAGAACUUUGAAUAAAUUUCAAAACCAUAAACAUGCUAACAAUGAUAACUCAAAUGUGAGAAAAUUCAACCAGGGAAGGGGUAAGUCUAGAUCCAAAUCUAAAACAAGAAAGUGUUACAAUUGCAAUGAAUAUGGUCACCUUAGUAAUAGUUGUUCUAAGCCUACGAAAAUUCAGCAAAAAGAUCAUGCUAAUAUGGCUAGUGAAUCAAACAACUUUGGUGAUGUGUUAAUGAUCAAAGAUUAUGCUUAUUUGAACUCUGUGCUAUCAGAUUAUCUCUGUGAAUCUGAUUGGCUAGUUGAUUCUGGUUGCACCUUUCAUAUGUCACCAUUUAAAAACCUUUUUUCAAACUAUCAAGAGAUUGAUAAUGGUAUUGUGUCCAUGGCUAAUGAAAAGAAAUGCAAAGUUUUUGGAAUUGGAGAUAUGUGUCUUAAAUUUGACUCUGGAUCUAUUGUGAACUUAAAAAAUGUUAGACAUGUUCCUGAUUUGUCCUAUAAUUUGCUUUCUUGUGCAUCUCUUGAAAAUGAGGGUUUUGAGGGAAAAUGGGG